CCGCCUUACGCCGUUGGCGUAGCGCGGGGCGGGGCCGGCGCGCGGGGGGCACUUCCUGCCGCCGCCAUUUUGUCGCGGACCGGGAGGAAGCGGCGGCGGCUCCUGCGCGGCGGCAGCGCCGGCCCGGCCCGGCCCGACCCGCGAGCGUUUCCCAGGUGAGCUGGAGGAUGGAGCUCCGGGGCUGAGGCAGCCACAGCUGGGGGGAGGCACCUGGGACUCAGAGUCGGGAGCGGAGGCGCCCGGGCGGAUCCAUGGGCCGGCCGAGCGAGCAGUGAGCGCGCGCGGGAUCCGACUCCAGGGCCAUGUAUCCCACCAGGGUCUCCGGUGAGGAAUGCAACGGCAUCAACGCCAUGGCGGCCGAGAGCGGCCCCGGCACGCGCCUGCGGAACCUCCCGGUGCUGCCGGACGCGCUGGACUCCACGCAGCCGUCGGCGGCGCCGGCGCCGGGCCAGGCCCAGCCCGGGGGCGGCGUCGGGGUCAAUCCGCCGCCGCCGGAGACGUCCAACCCCAACAAACCCAAGCGCCAAACCAACCAGCUGCAGUACCUGCUCAAGGUGGUCCUCAAGACCCUCUGGAAGCACCAGUUCGCCUGGCCCUUCCAGCAGCCCGUGGACGCCGUCAAGCUCAACCUCCCGGACUAUUAUAAGAUCAUCAAGACGCCGAUGGACAUGGGCACGAUCAAGAAGCGCCUGGAGAACAAUUACUACUGGAACGCUCAGGAGUGCAUCCAGGACUUCAACACCAUGUUCACCAACUGCUACAUCUACAACAAGCCAGGGGAUGACAUAGUGCUGAUGGCAGAAGCUCUGGAGAAGCUUUUCGCCAAGAAGCACGCGGCCUACGCCUGGCCCUUCUACAAACCCGUGGACGUGGAGGCGCUGGGGCUGCACGACUACUGCGACAUCAUCAAACACCCCAUGGACCUGAGCACCAUCAAGUCCAAGCUGGAGGGCCGCGAGUACCGCGACGCUCAGGAGUUCGCGGCCGACGUGCGGCUGAUGUUCUCCAACUGCUACAAGUACAACCCCGCCGACCACGAGGUGGUGGCCAUGGCCCGCAAGCUGCAGGACGUGUUCGAGAUGCGCUUCGCCAAGAUGCCGGACGAGCCGGAGGAGCCGGUGAUCCCCGCCUCGUCCCCCGUGGUGGUCCCGCCCCCCACCAAGGUGGCCCCGCCCUCGUCCAGCGACAGCAGCAGCGACAGCUCCUCCGACAGCGACAGCUCCUCCGACGACUCCGAGGAGGAGCGGGCGCAGCGCUUGGCCGAGCUCCAGGAGCAGCUCAAGGCCGUGCACGAGCAGCUGGCGGCGCUGUCCCAGCCCCAGCAGAACAAACCAAAGAAGAAGGAGAAGGACAAGAAGGAGAAGAAGAAGGAGAAGCACAAAAAGAAGGAGGAGCUGGAGGACGCCAAGAAGAGCAAGGCCAAGGAGCCGCCGCCCAAGAAGGCCAAGAAGAGCAACAGCAACAGCAGCGCCUCCAGCAAGAAGGAGCCGGCGCCGGUGAAGCCCAGCAAAGCGGCGCCCGCCUACGAGUCGGAGGAGGAGGAGAAGUGCAAGCCCAUGUCCUACGAGGAGAAGCGCCAGCUGAGCCUGGACAUCAACAAACUGCCCGGCGAGAAGCUGGGCAGGGUCGUGCACAUCAUCCAAUCCCGCGAGCCCUCGCUCAAGAACUCCAACCCCGACGAGAUCGAGAUCGACUUCGAGACGCUGAAGCCGUCGACGCUGCGCGAGCUCGAGCGCUACGUCACCUCCUGCCUGCGCAAGAAGAGGAAACCCCCAGAGAAGCUCGACGUCCUGGCCGGCUCCUCCAAGCUCAAGGGCUUCUCCUCGUCCGAGUCGGAGUCGAGCAGCGAGUCGAGCUCCUCGGACAGCGACGAGUCGGACUCAGAAAUGGCGCCGAAGUUGAAGAAGAAAGGGCACUCGGGGCGGGAGCAGAAAAAGCACCACCACCACCACCACCCAGCGGCGCCGGCGCCGCCGCAGCCCCCUCCUGCGCCGCCGCAGCCCGUCCCGCCGGCGCUGCAGCCGCCGGCGCCGCCGCAGCCCGUCCCGCCGCCCGCCGCCCCCCUGAAGGCGUCGCCGCCGCCGCCGCCGCCCUUCGUCCCCGCGCAGGUGCCCGUCCUGGAGCACCCCUUGCCGGGCGCCAUGUUCGACACCAUGGCCCACUUUGGGCAACCCAUCCUGCACCUGCCCCAGCCCGAGCUGCCCCCGCCCCACCUGCCCCCGGCGCCCGAGCACAGCACCCCCCCCCACCUCAACCAGCACGUGGUGUCUCCUCCAGCUUUGCACAACGCUCUGCCUCAGCAGCCCUCGAGGCCCAGCAACCGGGCGGCGGCGCUGCCCCCGAAGCCGCCGCGGCCGCCGGCCGUGUCCCCGGCGCUGCCGCCGCCGCCGCAGCCGCAGCCGCUGCUCCCGCAGCCGCCGCUGCCGCAGCCGCCGCAGGUGCUGCUGGAGGACGAGGAGCCGCCGCCGCCGCCGGUGCCGCCGCCGGUGCCGCCGCCGGUGCCGCCGCCGCCGCACCACAACCUCCCCCUGAGCGCCAGCCAGAUGCAGCUGUACCUGCAGCAGCUGCAGAAAGUGCAGCCGCAGACUCCGCUUCUCCCUUCAGUGAAGGUCCAGUCGCAGCCGGCGCCGCAGCCGCCGCCGCCUCCCCCGGCGCUGCCGCCGCCGCCGGCGCAUCCCGCGGUGCAGCCGCUGCAGCCGCCGCCGCCGCCGCGCCCGCUGCACCUGCAGCCCCUGCCCUUCCCGUCGCACCUGGCGCAGCCGCCGGCGCCGCCGCAGCAGCAGCAGCAGCAGCAGCCGCAGCAGGCGCAGGCGGCGCCGCCGCAGCCGCAAACGGCGCCGGCCAAAGCGCAGCAGGUCAUCCAGCACCACCCGUCACCGCGGCACCACAAAGCCGACCCCUACGGCACCGGUCACCUGCGGGAAGCCCCCUCCCCCCUCAUGAUGCCUUCCCCACAGAUGCCGCCGUUCCAGGGCCUCGUGCCUCAGUCGCCCCCUCAGCAAAACAUCCAGCCAAAAAAACAGGAGCUGCGAGCGGCCUCGGUGGUGCAGUCGCAGCCGCUGGGCUCCAAGGAGGAGAAGCUGCACUCGCCCGUGAUCCGCACCGAGACCUUCAGCCCCCCCCUGCGCCAGGAGCCCCCCAAGGGCCACCCCGAGGGCAUCAAGGCGGCCCCGCACCUCCCCCAGCGGCCGGAGCUGAAGCCCCUGGAGGGGGGAGGGGCGCGGGCCGUGAUCCGACCGCCGGAGCCGACGCCGCCCGCCCCGGACAAGGAGCGGCAAAAAGCGGAGCCCAAAACCCCCGUGGCCCCCAAAAAGGACCUGAAGAUCAAGAACAUGGGCUCGUGGGCGUCGCUGGUGCAGAAGCACCCGGCGGCGCCGGCGGCGGCGGCCAAGUCCUCGAGCGACUCCUUCGAGCAGUUCAAGCGGGCGGCGCGCGAGAAGGAGGAGCGCGAGAAGGCCCUCAAGGCCCAGGCCGAGCAGGUGGAGCGCGAGAAGGAGCGGCUCAGGAGGGAGCAGGAGAGGAUGAGGACCCGGGAGGACGAGGACGCGCUGGAGCAGGCGCGGCGGGUGCACGAGGAGGUGCGGCGGCGCCAGGAGCAGCAGCAGCAGCAGCAGCAGCAGCAGCAGCCGCAGGCGGCGCCGGGCGCGGUGCCCGGCUCGGUGCCCGGCUCGGUGCCGGUGCCGGGCUCGGUGUCGGUGUCGGUGCCCGGCUCGGUGGCGCCGGCGUCGGCGUCGGCGCCGCCGCAGGGCCCGGCCGGCUCGCAGGCCAUGCUGGACCAGCAGCGCGAGAUGGCCCGGAAGAGAGAGCAGGAGAGGAGGCGCCGGGAAGCGAUGGCGGCGACGAUCGACAUGAACUUCCAGAGCGACCUCUUGGCCAUUUUCGAGGAGAAUCUUUUCUAGGAGAGGCGACUCCGGCCGGGAAUUUUGACUUUUCCCAAAAAAAAAAACAAAAACAAAAACAAAAAAAAACCCCAGAAAAAAAAAAACAACAAAAAAGUGGAAAAAUAUCAAAAAAAAAA